CUAUCUUCCUCAUUGCUACCGAAUCUCCUUCCUCACCAAAGCCAUGGCCAUCAUCGAUCUUCAUCAUCUUCUCUCCUUCAUUGCUGCCGAACCCCUUCCUCACCAAAGCCAUGACCCUAUCUUCCUCAUUGCUGCCGAAUCUCCUUCCACUCCGGCCAUAGUAAUAGGCUUCGCCGGAGUACCGGCUUCUUCACCCGGAUUCCAUUCAAAUCUAGGAAUAUGAAAACUGCUUCGUCCUCCCUGUCACGCUCUUUCCCCCUCCUCUCACUCACUCUAUGUACUUUUUUUUGUCUCUCUUUAUUCCACUUUUUCAUCAGUACUGGGCGAUGUUGGGUCCUAUUUUGCGUCUUUGAUAAUCGAAAACGAAGCUACCUCCAAACCACUGUACUGGAAAGUUACCAACCCCACUCUACUGCCUUCUCAUCUCCAAGAUUUGCCUGGUUUCACUCAAAGUGUUUACGAAAGGGACCACGCAAUAAUUACACCGGAGAGUCAUGUAUUCAGUCCUCUACCUGAAUGAUUUUGAUUGCGAGGACUUGUAAUUGCCUAUAUUCUCUGUUGCAGCAGUGACAACGCGAUAUUGAAUUUAGAGAGUCUGCAAGUGAACAACGACAAAGAUUACUAUCAGAUAUAUCAAGAUUAGAGGCAAAGGUUGAGAGGCUUGAGUCAUAGUUGCAAACUAAAGAUAGAGAAAUAGCAACAAUUACGAGAACGGUUGGAAUCUCUUGGUUUUGUUAAGUGAGAUUCUUUUUAGUUGACAUUCGUGUUCGAAUUAAGGACCACUUGUUAAAAUAAAUGUGAUUAGGAAGCCAAAAAUACACCAGCUUUUAAGGUGCAAAUUGAGAAGCUACAACAGGAAAGGGAUGGGUUUCAGAGGAUGGUGAUUGGUAAUCAGGCAAGUGAGAACCCAGCAGAUACAUGAAAUGAAGAAAAAAGAGGGGUACAUAAAGUUGCAAGUAGGAUCUUUUCUCCAUGGUUUUUGAAAACUAAAAAAGAAUCUGUUCUGAUUAUGAUUAGAGAAUCGGAUCAUACAGUUUUGAUGAUGUGAGUGUUUCUCUUGCGGGAGAGGCUUAACCAAGUUCUGAUGGAGAAGAAGAAGGAAUCAAGAUCAGGAAUGGAGAUAAUGAACUUGCUUCAGAAAAAAGGGCGGUAGCGUGGGACUUGGAAUGGGAAGAAGGAUGAUAACGAUUUCUAUAAAAAGAUUCUAUGAAGAAGCUUGUUGUCUCAAUGUCUGGUGAAAUUAUGUUUGACAUUCCACUAUCUGUAGGUGGAUGCUUAUGAGGCAAAAAAUCAAGAACUGAUGGCUGAGAAUGCUGACUUAAGAGCGUUGUUAAGGUCAAUACAGGCAUGUUAACCAUUCUAUAACUUAUGGAUAUAUUUCACAUAAUUGAUGGAUCUGCUUAUGUUUUCUUUGUGCCAUUGGCUGAUGUUGGAAUUCAUUUUAUUGCCCUUAGACUUGAUAAUGGAUAGGUAUAGCAGAUUUACUGCAUAUGGCCAAUCAAAGGUAGCUAAUGUUUUGCAUGCUAAUGAACUUGAAAGAUGUCUUAAGGUAUGUUAAUGCAUUAUUAUUAGCAUAAAAGAUGGAAGAUACUAUGGUGUAAGUUCAUCGCAUACAGGUUGCAAAUGGAAUUAUUGAUUUUUUGUUUGCAAAAGGCUUUAUAGAUACUAAAUCUUUGCUUCUGACUUUGCCCCUUAUUAGUUUUUAUUUCAAACUUUUUUUCCUGUGACCUUUCAUGUUUUAGUUUGGCAUAGCAAGUGCAGUAGAGAUUGUAAUUUUUCUUAUCAUUUAGUUUCCAUUGGCAUUAUCUCCCCUGGUGCCUAAAAAUGUGAACUUUUCAGAAACCUAGCAAGUUUUCCAACAUGCAUGAUGGGUUUAAAUAUUUCAUUUACAAGGAAUUUUUGAAGUAGAUUAUUUGGAGAUUGGCUUGGAUAUCACACGUUACUAGACUAUAAUUGUGUUACCCUGCUGUAAGCCUGCUCAUGCAUUUGUAGCUAUGUUACAUAAACUCUGGAAUCAGGACCAAGUGUCUGAUAUUGAUUUCCUUAAAUAAUGCAGCCUUUAAUCCUUUUUAAUUUUGUGUAAUAGGUCACCUCUAUUUUUAUUAGAAGAACCUGUUACAUUGUUUUCUAAGCACCUGUAAGAUUUUAUGCUACAAAGAUUGUACUUUCUAAAGUGGACCUCCUUAGAUGUUUAUUAUUUUAUGGAGUUCUCAUCAGCUUAUGUUUUUAUGUAACUUAAGAGUGUGGUUCACCUUUGUCAGUAGAGAUCACAAUGAUGCUAAUCUGACAUUAGUUUUAUUACAUGUGAUCUUUUAGGUUUUGCUAUGCUUUUCUUUACAUAAUUUGUACACUUACAGGUAAAUUCCCUUUGAAUGGGGAUGUCUCUUUUAAAUGGUCUUGCUGUACUUCAACUGUAUUGUUGAUAGCAUCAAAUUUAGAUGUUUCUGUGCUUGUGAAAAUAUACAUAAUGCUAUUUCUGUCACAGUUAUGCUCUCUCUCUCUCUCUGUCUUCACUGUGGUAGUUUGAAAUUGCUAUGUAAGAUGCGCAUGAUGUUUUUUUCUUUGAGCAGGAAGAGGGAGUAGAUAUAACUGCAAAUUCACUUCAUCUAGGAUUAGUUGUCACCAAUAUUGCUCGUCAUUAUUUGGGCAUCUUUAAUGGCCUUUUUCAUGAGAUUGGUAAAUUUGUAUUGAAGAGUUGGGAACCCUCUUGAAUUCUUCAAACCCUAGCAUUCUGCAGCUCUCAUGAACUCUCAACUUCCUUUCCUCUUUACCAUUUGGUGACAAAGAGGGAAAUGGCAAGAUGAACUUAGUUCUCCACUAAGUUGCAAGAUAAUCCAUUUGAAGUGCGAACAACUCUUGGUGGAAUGUAACUUUUCUCAAGUGUUCUUGGCAAUUACAUGCCAAUAGACAUGUAUACACUUCUUUUACUGUUAAAAAGUUACCAACUUUUUUAAGUUAAGGCACUCAAGUUUAAAGAAAUUUAUAGUUAAGUAUACAGGGUUGUAAAGACUUUAAAUUAAGGACAUAUGUUUGU